GCUUCUCCUUUGUACCACCACAACACAAACCGACCCCGUCUCUCUCUCUCUCUCUCUCUCUCUCUCUCUCUCGGGACUAUUUCUCCAGAUUUCUCUUCCUAUUGCUAUAUUUCUCCGUGGAUCUUCGAAUGAUUUGAUGUUCGUGUUGAUUAUUGCUGAAGGAGAAGCAGGAGAAAGGAAAAGGAUCACGUGAGAGAAGGAUUUGAGAUUGUCUUCGUUGGAUCUCGAGAAUUUUGUGAUCAAAUUGGAUGAUUCGAGGUUUCUGAUCGUGGAACAGGGAAUGGCGUCUGAGCAGUUGAUGUCAUCCGUCGGAGGCAGUGGACGCUACUUCCAGAUGCAGCCGGAGCAGUUCCCGUCGAUGGUUUCUUCGUUGUUCUCGUUCGCUCCGGCUCCGACACCGGAGUCUAGUCGGAUUUUCGAAGAAUUGCCCAAGGCAAUUAUCGUCUCCGUCUCACGGCCUGACGCCGGCGAUAUCAGCCCUAUGCUCUUGUCUUACACCAUUGAGUGCCAUUACAAGCAGUUCAAGUGGCAGCUCAUAAAGAAAGCUUCUCAAGUACUUUAUUUGCACUUUGCGUUGAAGAAACGUGCUUUUAUUGAGGAAAUUCAUGAGAAGCAGGAACAGGUAAAAGAAUGGCUUCAAAAUCUAGGAAUUGGGGAUCAUGCACCUGUUGUGCAAGAUGACGAAGAUGCUGACGAAGUUCCAUUGCAUCAAGAUGAGAGUGCCAAAAACAGAGAUGUUCCUUCGAGCGCUGCUUUGCCAGUCAUUCGCCCUGCCUUGGGAAGACAACACUCCAUAUCUGAUAGAGCAAAGCAUGCAAUGCAAGAAUAUUUGAACCAUUUCCUAGGAAACCUUGAUAUUGCCAAUUCACGGGAGGUUUGCAGGUUUUUGGAAGUCUCAAAGUUGUCAUUUUCACCAGAGUAUGGCCCUAAGCUGAAAGAAGACUAUAUUAUGGUAAACCAUCUACCAAAAAUUUCUAAAGAUGACGACUCCAGGAAAUGUUGCAGAUGCUGUUGGUUCUGUUGCUGCAAUGAUAAUUGGCAAAAGGUGUGGGGUGUACUAAAGCCAGGUUUUCUUGCCUUACUGGAAGAUCCAUUUGAUGCAAAGCCUUUGGAUAUAAUUGUUUUUGAUGUCCUACCAGCCUCCAAUGGAAAUGGUGAUGGGCAUGUAUCACUAGCAGCGGAAGUGAAGGAGCGUAAUCCUUUGCGACAUGGAUUUAAGGUAACAUGUGGGAAUCGGAGUAUUAGAAUAAGGGCCAAGAGUGGUGCAAAGGUUAAAGAUUGGGUGUCUGCUAUCAAUGAUGUCGGUCUCAGACCUCCCGAGGGCUGGUGUCAUCCUCAUCGCUUUGGCUCUUUUGCUCCUCCAAGGGGUUUGACAGAUGAUGGAAGUCAGGCACAGUGGUUUGUUGAUGGUGGAGCAGCUUUUGAAGCCAUUGCUUCUUCCAUUGAAAAUGCUAAAUCUGAGAUUUUCUUAUGCGGCUGGUGGUUGUGCCCAGAACUCUAUCUUAGGCGUCCUUUGCAGUCCCAGGCAUCUUCCAGACUUGAUACUUUACUGGAGGACAAAGCUAAACAAGGAAUUCAGAUUUACAUCCUUCUAUACAAAGAGGUUGCUCUGGCAUUGAAGAUCAACAGUGUAUAUAGCAAGCGUAAGCUUCUUAGCAUUCAUGAGAAUGUCAGAGUGCUUCGUUAUCCUGACCACUUCUCUAGUGGUGUCUACCUUUGGUCUCACCAUGAAAAACUUGUCAUUGUUGAUCAUCAUAUAUGCUUUAUCGGUGGUCUGGACUUGUGUUUUGGUCGGUAUGAUACAUUUGAACACAGAAUAGGGGAUAAUCCUCCUCUUAUAUGGCCUGGAAAGGACUAUUACAACCCCAGGGAAUCUGAACCUAAUUCUUGGGAGGAUGCACUGAAGGAUGAGUUAGAUCGUAGAAGAUAUCCUCGAAUGCCUUGGCAUGAUGUCCAUUGUGCUUUAUGGGGUCCACCUUGUCGUGACGUGGCUAGACACUUUGUUCAACGCUGGAACUAUGCUAAGAGAAACAAAGCACCGUAUGAAGAUGCAAUUCCACUCCUUAUGCCCCAGCACCACAUGGUUAUACCCCACUACAUGGGAAGACAUAGGGCAACAGAGAUUGAACCCAAGAAAGAAGAAGACGCUUUUAAAGGGAUCAAAAGAGAGGAUUCUUUUUCUUCUAGAUCAUCUUUGCAGGACAUUCCUCUACUUUUGCCUCAAGAGCCUGUUGAGCAAGAUGGUUCAAGUGGGGGCCGGAAAGCGAAUGGAAUGAACAGUAGAAAUGUUCCUUUCUCUUUUCGGAAGUCCAAGAUUGAACCGGUUGACGGAGAUACUCCUAUGAGGGGUUUUGUAGAUGAUCUUAAUGUGCUAGAUAUUCCUGCAAAAAAAUCCUCAGAUACCUUGGCACAGCGUGAUUCUAGUGCUGUAGAUUCGGAGUGGUGGGAAACUCAAGAGCGUGGUUAUCAGGUUGGGUCCCCAGAUGAGGCGGGGCAAGUCGGCCCUAGAGCUUCAUGCCGCUGUCAGAUCAUACGAAGUGUCAGUCAGUGGUCUGCUGGAACAAGCCAAGUUGAAGAGAGUAUCCAUUCUGCUUAUCAGUCUCUCAUCGACAAAGCCGAGCAUUUCAUCUAUAUUGAGAACCAGUUCUUCAUAUCAGGCCUUUCAGGAGAUGACACCAUCAGAAACCGUGUUUUGGAAGCAUUGUACAAAAGAAUUUUGCGUGCCCACAAUGAGAAGAAGGUUUUCAGGGUUGUUGUUGUCAUACCACUCCUCCCAGGUUUCCAGGGAGGUAUUGAUGACAGUGGUGCAGCAUCUGUUAGAGCCAUAAUGCAUUGGCAGUAUCGAACCAUAUGCAGAGGACAGAACUCAAUAUUGCAUAAUCUUUACAAUACUAUUGGGCCGAAAGCUCAUGAUUAUAUUUCGUUCUACGGCCUUAGGGCUUAUGGUAAACUUUCUGAGGAUGGUCCUGUAGCAACCAGUCAGGUGUAUGUUCACAGUAAGAUCAUGAUCAUAGAUGACCGUGCAGCAUUGAUUGGAUCUGCCAAUAUCAAUGACCGUAGUUUGCUUGGCUCGAGAGAUUCUGAGAUUGGAGUACUUAUUGAGGACAAAGAAUUGGUUGAUUCGCACAUGGCAGGAAAGCCAUGGAAGGCUGGAAAAUUUUCUUCAAGUCUUCGGCUCUCUUUGUGGUCUGAGCACCUUGGACUACGUACAGGAGAGAUCGAUCAGAUUAUUGACCCUGUCUCUGAUUCCACGUACAGAGAGAUAUGGAUGGCUACCGCAAAGACAAAUACAAUGAUUUACCAGGAUGUCUUCUCGUGUGUGCCCAAUGAUCUCAUCCAUUCAAGAAUGGCAUUCAGACAAAGCAUGGGGUACUGGAAGGAGAAGCUGGGACACACGACCAUUGAUCUGGGAAUAGCUCCGGAGAAGCUGGAAUCAUACCACAACGGAGACAUCAAGAGAACAGACCCACUUGACAGACUCAAGUCCGUGCGUGGACACCUCGUGUCGUUCCCCUUGGAUUUCACGUGCAAGGAAGACCUCAGACCUGUUUUCAACGAGAGCGAAUACUACGCCUCUCCUCAAGUCUUCCACUGAUCCCCAAUCCUUUUCAUUCCACUGGUCCAAAAUAAAUUCAGAAAUGCUGAUUUUAGAGGAAUGAUUCCAUUGUUUCUGGUCUUUUUAACCUAUUGAUUCCGUUAGGAAGAGUUCUGUAUAGGGGACGUGGCAGAGGAAGAGACGAUAUGCUCAUUUUCAUACAGGCAUAGAGAGAGAGAGAGAGAGAGAGAGAGAGAGAGAGAGAGAGAGAGAAAAAAGGUUUAAACUAAACUCACAUAAAGAGGUAAAGGAGGUUUCAUUCAUAUAUUUUAUAGACAACAUAUUCAAAGAUUAUUUAUCCAUACAUACAACAGAGAUUUUACUGUAAGAUUCCAUUGCCUCCUGAUACUUCUUUUAUGUGUAAUGUUGAACACUUAAUUCUUUCAGGCCAUGUAUAUAAUUAUUUCUGUU